AUGGCACGCACGACGCGCCGCAUGGAUUUACGAGUCUCCUUGACGGACGCUGGAAACAAGAGCAGCGCCGAACACGAUCCCAGCUCCAACAAUAAGCAUACUGAUCAAGAGGCAACUACACCCUUAUCUCCAGAGCAAUUAUCUCGCACAGAAGACACGUCCGAACAGCCCACAACGACUCGCAGAGAGCUCUGGUCAUACUAUCUGUACUAUAAUGGCGAUAACGGAGUUGGCCCUGGCUCUUACACUCAAACACUCUUUCAAUGGGCGCUCAAUGGUGCGGGGUGGCAGCCAGGCACUAACCCUCGCAAGCCAUGCACAGAUAACUCACCCUGUGUCGUUCCAUGGGCCGGAGGAACUCGUUCUGUCUCCUCUGUUGUCCUGAUCGCCAACGGGCUGAGCUUCACGUUUAUGACAGUGACAUUUGUCUGGCUCGGAAGUGCAGCAGACUAUGGCUCCUUUGGUCGCUGGCUGCUCCUAGUCUUGACUGUGAUUUGCUGGGCUAUGCAAUAUGCUAUGAUGUCCGUCCGACACCCUGAUCAAUGGCCCACAGCAAUGGGCCUUUACGUGAUCUCGUACGUCGCAUAUGGCGCAACACUAGUCUUCUAUGCAGCCGUGUUUCCGAGGCUCGCGCGCCAUAUGCCUCAUGUCCACAGCGCCCGCCAGGACUUGAAGGAAGAGAAGAUCAGCCAAAGGGAGUACGACGCAAUUGAGUCAUUGGAGCGGAAUCACAUCAGCAACGUUUCGACUGCACACAGCAACGUCGGAUACCUGGCAGUGUUGGUUUUGAACCUGAGCGUGCUUUUGCCUCUCCAAAAGUACUCUUUCUCAAACAACCUGGCACUUUGCUUGACAAACUCAUACUGGGUGAUUCUAGGAAUUUGGUGGUUCAUCUUCCAGCAGAAACGCCCCGGCCCUAGGAUCCCCGAAGGAUCAAGCUAUGCGACUAUUGGCUUCAAGCAAAUCUGGCUCGCGCUGCGUAAGGUCCGGUCCUUGCCGCAGACCUUUCUCUACUUCGUGGCAUAUUUUCUCCUCGCAGAUGGCCUCAACACCACAGGCACCCUAGUCUCGAUCAUUCAAAAUGACUUCGUGGCAUUCUCCUUCAUCCAAGUUACAUACUUGGGCAUAGUCCAGGCUACAUGCUCAAUAGCCUCCACAUUCGGCUUCUGGUACAUCCAAAACUACUUCAAGAUUCGCACAAAACGCAUGUUUCUCAUCACAAACUUCUUCACUGUUCUCAUUCCCUUUUGGGGAAUGCUGGGUUUAUGGACUAAGCGAAUCGGAUAUCAUCACCGGUGGGAGUUCUAUCUCUACAAUGUCAUUUUCGGCCUGUUUCAAGCCCCAUACUACGCCUAUGCCCAAACCAUGAUCAGCGAACUCAUGCCGCCCGGCUACGACAACAUGUUUUUCGCUCUCUUCGGGAUCACCAAUCGCGCGUCCUCAAUUAUCGGUCCCAAUGUCGUGCAGGCCAUCAUCAACGACACCCAGAACAACUGGAUGGGGUUUCCGUUUCUGUUUGCGAUUUGUGCGGCGGCGAUGGUGGCGAUUAUGUUCGUGGAUGUGGAGAAGGGAAGAGAGGAUGGGAGACGGUUUGUGGAGGAGCACGCUGCUGUUGCUCCGGGUUCAGACCUGGGAGGGCCAGGGCUGAAGACUGGGAAGGGAGUCAAAGGACCUGCCAGUAUAAAUGCGGAGGUCUACCAGGAAAUGUACAACGCCCUCCGGCAGAUUGCAAGUCCAGGCUAG